UGGGACGAACCCAAACACCAAGCCAGUUCAAUGUUACUUGUUGGUUCCGAAGGGAUUGUGCGGGAUGAUGUUCAUCUAUAUAAUGUUAUUGUUAUUUGUGGCUAACAUAAACUGUUUUACACCAAAUUGUGAACCUAAAAAUCAGUUCAAGUUUUAUCGCUUUCCUAUUAGUGGCUGUUCAGAAAUAUUCCAACAAAAAUGCAAAUCUGAUCCUUCAGGUUACUUCAAAGCUCUAGGACGCGUCUCAGUCGUGAAAAUCGGAGAAACUGAUAUAUUACCAACGUGUGCAUUUUAUAAGGCUCCAGCUCUAAGAAACAUAUACGGAGUGAACAGCAAAAUUCAGGUCUUAGCUCCAGGAUGUUUUGUUGACCUGUCCAAUUUGGAAUCUAUACGUUUGGCAUUUAACUAUAUUGUUCAAAUUGGGAAAGAUGUUUUCAAAAAUGUGACAGUUGAAUUGUUGGACUUAAGUUGGAAUAAGCUUGUAUUUAUAGAUACCGACGCUUUAGCAGAGGUUCAGAAUUUAAAAUACCUUAACUUAAGUAAAAACUCCCUAUUGACAAUGGCAUUUAAUAAUCUACCAACUACGCUUGUCGAUGUUAAUUUAGCAAAUAAUCUCCUUAACAGAGUCGCCAUAAAUAAUGGAAAGUUUCUUAAUUUAAGUAAAAUUGAUCUCAGCAAUAAUUUAAUAGAAAAUGCAGCUAUUCUAAUCGCCUACCCCAUAGAAGAAAUGGAUUUUACUGGUAAUCGUCUUUCCAAUUUCGAUUACAUAGAAGUUGCUUCAGUGGUUAAAUUUAAGAUGGGGAAAAACAAUUUUGAAAAUAUGCCCAGAUAUCUUGAAAAUUUAAAUGCAAAAGAAAUUGACCUUUAUCCCAAUCCUUGGAGCUGCCAAGAACUAUUCACUUUAUGGGAAUACCUUAUAAUUUUUGAUACUCGUCUUGCUCCCCAAGAUAAAGGAAAAAAUCCCCCCGCUGAGUGUUCUGCAGUAAGUGGAAAUAUUUUAACAGCAAAGAAACCAAGAUCCACUCCUUGUGAAGACGACCAUCAAUGUCCAGAUUUUAUGGUGUGUAAGUCGAAAAAAUGUUGGGACCCUUGUGAUAGUUCUUUAUGCCAUGAAAGUAACGGAUGUGAAGCUAAAAAUCACCAGUUUUUGUGCACCUGUCCUAAGAACCUUCUUUCAGAUCCCUUGGAUGUUUUAGGCAAAUGCCAAAAUGUAGAAUGUUUUAGACAUGCAGACUGUUCUAAUGAAUUGUCGUGCAUCGAUAAAAAAUGCAUUCCAUUUAAUGCUGCAUUAUCACCAGAACGGCCACCUCCAUCAACUAGUCGACCACCUCCAUCAACUAGAUUUACUAGAAGACCAACUACAACGACUACACGACCCCCUCCAUAUCAUCAGAACACCGAUUUUAAUAAAACUCCACCACCCUUGGUCUCAGAUGUCCCUUGGUGGUUUGAUGACAUUCCAAAAUACGUACCAUCCAUCGAUUCACCAACCCACGUGAAAAAUUGAAACUCUUAAUGCUGAUUUAGCUUGAAUACAUUAUACAAUUUUAUUUUUAAAUACAUGAAAACAUUUUAGUUUUUAUAAUGGGCUCUUUCACUAAUUUUUGAAAUUGGCAUAUUUGGAUAAAGCAACUAAAGACAGAAUUUUCUGUAUUUUUACUUUUGAAAAAUUCAUAGUCCUUCUUGAGAAAACAGAAAAAAAAGAAUUACCUCCAAAUAAAAACCCAGAAUUUAUUUCUAUGACGUCGCAGCAAGCAAUUUGACCGUGUUGCCACUAAUUGUCGACAUUGAAAAUUUGUAAUAGAUUUAAUUCUGAAAUGUUCGCAAAAUAUCAUGAAAAGUAGUUAAAUUAAUCACUUAUGGAUUCAAGAUUUUAUAACUUUUUUAUUGAAAUUAUGUUUAAACACAAUUUUUUAUGUUUAGUUUUAUUUUAUUUUUUUACGUUGCACUACAUCUAGUCACCACCGACAACAGCGCAUUCGAACCUUUACCUGCUUUUACUACAGGGUACACAGCCGAGGCGGUAAGCUCCUUUGUAACAACAAGCGAAAUGAAAAAUAUUUAUGUGACGUCAGCAAAUCGGCGCGUUUUAAUUUAAUUUGAAUUUAGCCAAUUUGAAAUGCCUGUAAAAAACUUAUUUAACCUUGUAGAACUUUUUUUUUUGGUAUAUAUGCCUAAAAUAGCCCCUCCUUUGGGAUUUUAUACUCAAAUUACGUAUUCAAAUUUUAGUGAAAGACCCCAUUAAUUUUAUAAUAUGUAUAAUUAAAUAAUA